UACUUGAAAUUACUGUAUCAACAAAGCAACUUCCUUGUGGAUAUUCUACUAAAAAAAUUCCUUUAUUAAUUAAUUGUGAUUUAUGUGAUACUCUUUUAAAAAAUCAAUAUGAUGCAGAAGUUUUAAUUUGUAGAUAA